AUGACACACACGGUUAUCGUGAGCGAACUGAUCGAAUGCAAUAGUCUGAAAACCAAACACCAUGCGUCCUCGUGUUUGUCAGCCGGCAGUGAAGAAACGGCAAGGAAGAGUAAAAGGCAAGGUGGCACACCAUUAUAUACGACUGAAAAUAAAACCAAACACACGACGACCUUGACCAAAAUUGUGGCAGAGGCUUCACGAAACACCUGA